AUGGCGGAGCGGACCUCAAAUCCGGAGGACAAAUUUCUCAAUCCUACUUCCAAUAAUCAAAUCCAAACCCACCCUGCCUUUCAAUCCGGCACAUACGUGGUCCAAAUCCCUAAAGAUCAAAUCUACCGCGUUCCACCACCCGAAAAUGCCCGAAUUGUCGAACGUCUCCGGAUUCCAGGGAAGAAUGGUAAGCGUAAGAAGUGUUGUUCUCCAUGUUGUUGUUGUUCUAUCAUCGUUGCCAUUGUCAUCCUCAUUGGCCUCGCAAUAGGCAUUUCUUUUCUUAUUCUUAGACCAAAAAAUCCCAAAUUUUCUAUCCAAAAUGUUCUAGUCAAGCAAAAGAAAUCCCCAACUUAUAACAUCACGUUAAAUAUCAAUAAUCCAAACCCCAAAGCCGGAAUCAUUUACAAACAAGGUGGUUCUACUUCUCUUUCUUUUCGACAACGAGAGAUCGCCAGAGGAAAAUAUCCAAAGUUCUACCAAGACCGUGAUAGUUCAAGCCUUAUCGGAGUAGUACUUGAUGGUUCAAAGUUUGUGUUGCCGAAGGAGAUUGAGAAAAGCAUGAAAUCGAAAAUGAUUGUUUCGUUGUCCUUAAAUAUGAAUCUCCCGAUUAGCUUGAAAAAUGGAAUUUUUGGGACUAAGAAUGUUGAGCUUCUUGUAGCUUGUGAUUUGAAGGUCGAUACGCUAGCGAAAGGAGCUCGUAUCAUUUCUCAAACAUGUCAAACUGAUUGA